CUACGGCGUGCCUCAGAAGAUAGUCAAUAUCAUACAGAGUUCAUAUAAUGGAUACACUGCCAAAUCGUGCAUGGAGGACAGUUGACAAAGUCGUUCGAAGUGAAGACCGGUGUUAGGCAAGGUUGCUUACUCUCACCCGUUCUCUUUCUCCUGGUGAUCGACUGGAUCAUGAAGACGUCAACAUCUGAAGGGAAGCACGGAAUACAAUGGACAUCUAGGAUGCAGUUGGACGAUCUGGACUUCGCAGAUGAUCUGGCCCUUCUAUCCCAAACGCAACAACAAAUGCAGGAAAAGACAAACAGUGUAGCAGCUACCUCAGCAACAGUAGGUCUCAAUAUACACAAAGGGAAGAGCAAGGUUCUCCGAUACAACACAGCAUGCACCAAUCCAGCCACAAUUGACGGAGAAGAUUUGGAAGAUGUAAAACCUUUACAUAAUUGGGCAGCAUCAUUGAUGAACAUGGUGGAUCUGAUGCAGAUAUGAAGGCGCGGAUCGGCAAAGCAAGAGCAGCAUAUUUAAAACUGAGGAACGUCUGGAACUCAA